AACAGACUGUUGCCUAUCAUAGUAUGCUCGUACGUGGUACUUAGAUACAACAUGUUCUGGUAUCAAAUCAACGUAGUUACGGAAUUAAUGGAACAUAUGAAAUACGACUGGAAGAUGAACCAAGGCGAGCCUCUUAAGAUUCUAAAGAAAUACGCUGUAUUAGGAAAACGUUAUUCAGUGGUAUUAAUAGCAUUAAUAUACCUAGGAGCGUUUAUCCCAAUAACAUGCCACAUGUUUAGCUAUAUUCUGUGUAUAAUUGUAUCCACGAACAUAACUUGCCAGCAUAAAUUUCCAAUGACGAUGGAAUACUUCGUCGAUAAGAAGAAAUAUUCCUUUUUCAUUACGUCGCAUCAGUAUUUCUUGUUAAUCGUGAAUGCUACUAUACUAGCUGGAAUAGAGACUUUAAUGGUAACGUGGUUCCAACACGCUUGCAGUUUAUUUGCGGUCGUAAGUUAUCAUAUUAAGAAAGCAGUUUUUGAAGACUGUGUUCAAUCACACGUGUCACGAAGAUAUUUGAACAGAAAUAGCAAAAGAAACAUAGAGAACGUGAUAAAUGCACACAGAAGAGCAAUGGAGUACGCAUACAAUUUACGAGACAGAUACAUGUUUUCUUAUGGUACUUUCCUUCUAUUCGUUACCAUAUGUCUGAGCAUUAAUUUCUUUCUCUUAGCUCAAUCAACAUUUCUAUACAGAAACAUCGAAGAAUCGUUUAUCCAUCUAGUUUUUCUCAGCUGCAUGCUAACAUGCAUGGUCUUCUUCAAUUAUAUGAUACAGCUUACUUCAGAUGCCGCUGAUAACAUUGUUACAAUCAUAUACGACACCAACUGGUACGAAGCAUCCGUACCUUUACAGAAACUGUUAUUGAUAAUCAUGAUAAGGAGCAUCGACAGUUUCACUUGCAGUUUCUUCGGUUUCUACAAUGCCUCGAUGGGAGGAGUUUCAAUGAUCUUGAAAAAGUCAGUUUCAUAUUUCACGGUGAUGAUGUCCAUGAAGUGACAGUUCUUUCUCGUCCAUAGAUGUAAUACCUAACUGAUAGAAAUUAGUAGCAUUGAUUUAGACGCGUAAAAAAUGUAUACGGAAACGCAAAUAUUAAACAUCAAACGUCACAGUAUCGUCAAAUAAUAAUGAAAUCACAUUUAACAGAAUUCUUUGAUAUAAACUUUUUAUAAAAUUCUUUAUUCUUUCGGGAUGAAGUACACGAAGUGAAUGAAACCCGACGCACUGCCUUGAUUCAACCCUAAGUUCACAGACAAACACCAACACAUACUAAGUAUCUUAUUAAUAACAAAAGACUUACGAAGAAACGAAAAAAGAAUUAUGAAAAAGAGUGUCUCACUGUUUUCUUGAAAUUGAAUUGUUUUCGUAAAACUUAACCCUUUCGCUUCGGCAGUCCAGUCCGCCGAAGUACUGUCACUGGACGGAAACGCGCGCCAGAAAUACGCACAGUGUGCGUGGUUGCUGUAUAUACGUUUUUCUAAGUCUUAAAUAACAAUAAUUCUUGUAAGAACCGUAUAUGAAAUAUCGUUUCACUAUCAAUGGAUUUAAUAGAUUUUUUUAGUAUGGAACAGUAUACGAUCGUUUGGAUGUUUGAAAUAUAUAUUGCGUGAAAUGUUUUAAUGUUGUUUCAACAAUGAGUAACUUUAAGAAGUGAUUAAUCCAAUAUGUCAAUAAAAUCAACAGAAAAUGUUCUGCCAAUAACGAAAAUAUAUAUUAUUGACUACAGAUAGCACUUGGAUAUGCAUCAUUUGGAUGCCGGACUCGGGAGUCGUCGCGUGGUCGCUGCCUAUAUGCGGCGCUCGAAGCGAAGCUCAAAGGAUUAAAUACGUUCUGUAGACUAUGUUUCACUCCUUGCAAGGAGCGUGGUAUGAGAAUGUCUUAAUUGACCCGUUAUUAAGCUAUAGCCAUUGGCUGUUACUUGGCUGUUACACUCCGGAACGUCGAGAAUUUUAUCUUUUUAUUUUCAUAGCGGGUGGAGAUACUGAAGAAAUAGAAAAAUCGCGAGAAUAUUUUAUUAGAAAAAAGGAACGAACAGAUGAUAGAAUGUUUUGUAUGCCGGAAAUCGUAAAAGUAUUUGAGCUUUUCCAAGGGAUGGACUACGCAGAUAGUCAUCACUAUAUAAUAUCCAUCGAAUUACUAUGCUCACCUUGGGUAUUUCACCGCUUCAUCGUACGAUAUACAUGGAAUUGUGAAACGCUUUCGUCAUUUUAAUUUUAUUGACUGGCACAAUCGUCCAGGUGUUUCAUUUAAUCGUUACAAUUGUUCUGAUUGUUUGGCCGCAACCUAUUCAGUAUACUAUACAUUGUUUCUUUGUGUUAAAUGAAAUGUAAUCGUAAAGAAAAAAAGAUAGAAUCGUUGUCUUUCAACUUCAUAUCAGAUUGUUAAAGGGAGAGUUCAGAUUCUAAAGAUCAAGAUUCUAUUUGAAUGUCAG